AUGGCAGGCCUCUUCCCGAACACGACUCUAUCCUUUUCGCUAUCGACGUCUUCGUCUCAAACGCAAAAUUCAACUGCUACUUCGAACGUUACGGCCUCCCCACCUCCGACUUCUCGGCGCAUCCCAACUGAAGUAAUCGAUCUCAUCCUCUACCACGUACAUGCGCAAUCCCAGUCGCAACACCACCAGAACCCUCAUUACUAUUCUGGCAAAUCGACAUUACUGGCCUUUGCACGCGUCUCAAAGGCGUUCUACGAGAGGAGUGUGCCUUGGCUCUACCGAGAUGUAAAAUGGAAUAUCUCGAAACCCGAACGGUUCGUCAAGUUCCAGAGGUUUUGUCGGGCUGUUCAGCGCGGUGGGGCUGUCCUAGGAAGGUAUUCUGUGGAAGAGGAGGCCGGAGCUGAGGAGAACGGGGAUACCGAAAGGGAGACGAAGGAGCGUGAAACCGAGCUGGGAGCGUACGUGGAGAGUUUGGAGAUCGUGAACGACCAACCGAGCGUGUACGAACUACACGUCCCGGCGUUCAACGCGUUCAGGAAGAUGAAGAACCUCAGGCGGGUGGUGUUUAUCGUUGGGCAGGAUGAUUCGACUCCGCCGUCUUCCUCACCGGUGGACGACCCGCCCAAGAAGAAGGGCGUGGAUUGGAAGACAGAUCUCUCGCGGACGGUACAAACGAACCUCUCGAUAUUGUUCACCCUUCCUUCCCUAACGUACCUCAAACUCUCGGGUAUUCACUCCCUCCCAUUUACGCUGCUCACCGCCUUCACUGCGAUUCCAUCGCUCACGCUUUCACACACCGAUAUCGACACGACGGACGAGACGGGUGUUCUGCGCCGGACGCCCCUGCCUACACCGGAGAGCAUACGCCUGAGUGAGAUCGAGAUUGUGGGCGGUGUGAGUUCAAAUUUGGUCAGGACUUUGGGGAGUGUGUUGAGUGUUAAACCGGGGGUGGUGCGGAGGCUUAGGCUAGUUAGCGACGUGGAGGAUCUGGAAGGCGUUUUGGGUGCUACGGAGGAGAGAUUGUUUGGAGCGCAGCUGCGGAGGAAGGAGGACGAGAACGAAGAUUCCGACUCUGCAUCUUCCGUUAGCGGUGGGAAGCCCAAUAACCUCCAAAUCUCCAUCCCCAACGCUGACAAGAAAGGAACGCUGGGCGAGUGGGUGCUAGACCUCAACGGCGAGCGCGGUGGGUCGGGUUUUGGACCUGAUACGCCGGCUGUGGAGAAGCAGAUGGAGUGGAAGGUGGGGAAGAAGGGGAAGAGGUUCAAGAUCCCGCAUCUACAGGUGAAGACGACGAAGAUUGUGGAACCUAUUCAGCCGAUGAAGUAUCCUGCGUUCUCGAAGGCCGCGUGGUGCCUUAUUGAAGCUGCGGGCACUUCGUUGGAGAGGCUGGAAUGGGAGUGCUCGAGCGUGUUGCCGCUGUCGUUUAAGCCCAUCAACCUUCACUUUCUGCGCUACACUCUUCGGUUCUUGACGGUCACGAUUACCUACCCCUCGCCAUCGUCCCGACGAAAAGCACAGCCCGUCCUCACCGAUAUCCUCGAGCUCGCGAAGCAGCUUUCAACGCCCGAAACCGUCCUCGAAGAGCUCGUCAUCAAGUGUACAUGUGUUGACCAGGACACCGCACCUCCCCCUGUUCACCCUUCGAUGGUGGAGUCCAAGGCCGGCCUCGAGAGCUGCAACUCGUCGAUGACGACGCUCGUAGGGUCUGACAAGACAGUCAUCAGCUCCACCUCCUCAAAUUCGAUGACCGAACUCCUCCGUCUCCCCGAUCGUUUUACCUCAAACACCCCAGGUCACAGUCCGCCUCCUCUGCCCAUACAGAGUGCAGAGUACCUCAAGGAGUGGACGGCGUUGGAUACGGUGCUGAAGGGGAAGAAGUAUUUUAAAAAACUGGUAUGGGUUGUGGUGGAGUUUGUGGCUGGGGGCGAGGGGCUAGGAGGAGGGGCGGGGGAAGGAGUUGAUGUCCCUGAGCUACAGUGGUGGAAGAACCAUGCGAGGAAGGUUGAGAAGCGGCUUGUUGGUGUGAAGGGGAGGGGUGCUGGUGUGCGGUGCUUCGUGAAGUGUGAUUAG